AUUUAACUAAUAUGGAACUUUGAAAUUAUAAUUAAUUUAUAAGAAUGACUUUCAAUUUUAUAAGUGAUAGGGGAUGACAAUAUAUAAUAUAGAUUUAAAUAAUGAUGGGAUAGAACUAGGAAUUUAACGUAUACUUGUUUUUUAUUCUUAAUUAGAAUAAAAUGGAAUUUGUUCUGUUGUAAACAUCGCCGGAAUUCAAUGGAAUUCGAUAUAUACAUUUUGAUUUCCAAAUUUGGCAUUCAAUGGUAUUCAUUUUAUUGUCAGAAUAGACGGAAAUCAAUGGAAUUCAAUACGGAAAUUUUUAAUUCCUAACUUGACAUUCAAUGGUAUUCAUUUCAUUGUCAGAAUAGACGGAAUUCAAUACGGAGAUUUUUAAUUCUUAAUUUGGCAUUCAAUGGUAUUCAUUUCAUUGUCAGAAUAGAUGGAAUUCAAUACGAAAAUUUUUAAUUCUUAAUUUGGCAUUCAAUGGUAUUCAUUUCGUUCACGGAAUCAAUGGUAUUCAAUGGAAUUCAUGAUGAAACUUUCCAAUCCCUAACUUGGCAUUCAGUGGUAUUCAUUCCGUUAUGUUUUUUGUGUCGUAAUUGGAUGGGAUUCAAGAAAGACAAAUUCUUUCCGAAAUAAAGAAUUCCAUGGUAUUAAAAACCAUUUCAAUCCCUUUUUUUGACAAAAUGGAAUUCGGAAAGUUCUUAAUUGAAUUUCUGGCAAUCCCAUUCCAAUUCUUUUCAAUCUUUUUUCGUUUGCUGGGUUACAUGUUAUUCUCACGUUAUAUUGCAUUUAUAUUUGGUGUUUGCUGGGGAAUGUUCCCAGAAUCAUCAAAUGUCCCCUAUAAUAUUUGGAAUAGUGCAUAAAUAUUAUAGGUACAUAAGAUAAAAAUAUUCAUAGAAUAUAUAAUGUAGAAUAGUAGAAUAUUCAGACAUAUGUAGAAUAUUCGAGGAAUUGCUACGAAUAUACCGUCAUGCGUAUGUACGCAUCGCACUAUUUGUGCGCGCGCAUCAGCUACUACAUCGGUAAUUGGUUGAUAAACGCGACGUUUGCGUUCACGUGUCUACAAGCUCGUAUUGCGCAUGAAUAUCGACGCCUCAUUGGCUGAGUGUGUGCACGUGAUACGGGCUGACAAGAAACGCAGCCUGUGUACGUAACGUACCUGCGGCCAUUAUUGCAUUGCAUUACAUCGUGCAUAUUGCGUAUUGCGUGCGGCGAACGUGUUGACUCGGUGGCCCUGCUAAAACAGUACAUGAAAUCCAUGUUUUCACGUGGAAUUCACGUUUUUAUUUAGAUUCUACGUAGAUUCAACGUGGAUAUCCUGUACUGUUUUACAGGAUGCUUGAUAAUAUAAAGCUCGUAGAAGAGAUCGACCGCGUGUAUGGAAAGAGCGAUUCAUCAAAGCUCAGGGAUUCUUUACACAGCGUACUGUUUAUUAAGUUUACAGCAAGACCUCUUUCCAUUCUACGCAGAUUCAAUGUGGAUAUCAUAUACUGUUUUACUGGAUGCUGGUUGUUUGAUAAAGCUCGUGGAAGAGAUCGACCGUGUGUGGAAAGAGUGGUUCAUCAAAGCUCAGGGAUUCUUUACACAGCGUACUGUUUAUUAAGUUUGUAGCAAGACCUCUUGCCAUUCUACGCAGAUUCAACGUGGAUAUUGUAUACUGUUUUACUGGAUGCUGGUUGUUUGAUAAAGCUCGUGGAAGAGAUCGACCGUGUGUGGAAAGAGUGGUUCAUCAAAGCUCAGGGAUUCUUUACACAGCGUACUGUUUAUUAAGUUUGCAGCAACACCUCUUUUUGUGUUAAAGGUUUAAUUAUGUUACGCCACAAGAAAGAUACUAGAGAUUAUACAAAAAGACAUGAAAGACGAUUGAUAAAUCGAAUAGCGUCACAGACUCUUGAUACAGCAUUUGAUGAAGCGAGAAAGAGGCCAUGUAUCGCAGCAUGGAACAGUAAUGAAAAAACGGUUGAGAAAGAUAUCUCUGAAGAUAAUAGAUCACCCCCUUUCCAAAUCCAAAAUAAGCUUCAUGAUGAGCAAAAUAUAUUGCAAAGCACAGGCACAAAGUCCAAAAAAGAUAUAAAUUGUUAUACAACGGAACAUUUGUGUAUGGAUAUACAAUCUAAUGAUGAGCAAAAAAGUUCCGAAGAAUCUUAUAGUCUGAUUAAAAGUAAUGAUGUUAAUAUUUGUGGUGAUAUUGCCACUUGGGCUGUAAAUAAUGGAAUUAGUCAUUCUUCUUUGGAAAACUUAUUGAAACUUUUGAGGCAUCCAAAUAGAUUCCCACAAUUACCAGCAAAAGCCAAGACAUUAUUUGGAAAUCCUAUAAAUGGUGAAACUAGAUAUGUUGAACCGGGUUAUUAUUGGCAUAACGGUUUAAAAGCAUGUUUGAAUAAGUUAGCAGAAGAAAAUUACUGGGAUGAAUCUGUGGAAACUCUUCUUCUCUCUAUCAACAUUGAUGGACUUCCGUUGUUUAAGUCUUCUGGUAGUUGUGUGUACCCUAUUUUGGGUUCAAUUUUUUGUUCUGAACGAAUAUUUUUAAUUGGAUGUUACCAUGGAUAUAAAAAACCGCAAGACUUCAAUAAUUUUUUACAAGAUUUUGUGGACAAAACAAAGGAUUUAAUAACAACUGGCUAUAAUUACCAAGGAAAAACAAUUAAAAUUGAAAUUUAUAAUUUAAUUUGUGAUGCUCUAGCAAAAGCAGCUGUGUUAAAUGUCGUGUCGCAUACUGGUUAUUACAGUUGCACAAAAUGUACUGUGAAAGGAAAUAGCAAAUUAAAUCGUGUUUACUUCACGAAUACACAAGCGAUUUUAAGAUCAAAUAGAGAUUUCUUGAUGCAAACUCAAAAGGAGCAUCACAGAGGUAUUUCACCUUUAACAUUAAUUCCAAAUUUUGGUCCAAUAUCUAAUGUACCUCUCGAUUACAUGCAUGUAGUAUGCCUAGGAGUUAUGCGGGAAAUGUUACUACUUUGGCUUUUUGGAAAAUCUCAUUUGAGACGUACUAUUAUUGAUACUAUUUCCGAAGUGCUACUUAAAAUUAAGCCUUGUAUACCAAAGGAAUUUUGCAGAAAACCUCGUUCUUUGGAAUAUAUUAAAUAUUGGAAGGCAACAGAAUUUAGGCAGUUUUUAUUGUACAUUGGACCUAUAGCUUUGGCAGAUGUUUUGCCUAAAAAGCAAUAUAAACAUUUCUGCGUUUUACACGUAGCUAUAAGAAUCUUGUCUUCGCCAGAACUAGUACCACAUUAUUGUGAUUAUGCCAAUGAAUUGUUAAAAUAUUUUGUUCAACAUUUCGAAAAAAUUUACGGAGAUUAUUUAGUUUCACACAAUGUGCAUUGUUUGAUACAUUUGGCUGCUGACGUAAAAGUUUAUGGCGUUUUAGACAAUUUUAGUGCCUUUAAAUUCGAAAACUAUUUACAACAAUUAAAACGACUUAUUAGAAAAGCAUCACAGUCAUUGCAGCAACUAUGCAGGCGAUAUCAAGAAAUUGAUUAUGUUCACGGAAUUGCAAAAAAAGUGCAAAAAGAGGAUAUUGAAAUUAAAUUGAAAUUCCAUUUGUCGUAACAAGCCCGCACUUACAAUGUAUAAAAGACGGGUAUAUGGUAGCAAUAAUUAAUGGAAUUACAUAUAAAGGAAAAGAUAAUGCAAACGGUUAUUGUCAAUUAGUAGAUGGUACCGUUGUACAAAUCGAAUAUUUUGUUCGUGACGUUAAUAACGCUAUAUACAUUAUUGGCAAAUACUUUACAAAGCAGGAAGAAUUUUUGCCUAUUCCAGAAGUUGUAGACGUUAUUCAUGUAUACAUGUUUUCCAAUAUUUCGGAACAAAAAUAUUGGUCUAUUAAAGAUUUAAAAUGAAAAUAUAUAUUAUUUUCAAGAGAUAAUAAGUUUAUUGGAUUUCCUCUUUUGCAUUGCGAGAAAUAAAUUAUUCAUAGAUGUCACAAAAAUUUCUACGCAA